AACUAGGAGGCGGGUGUUGUUGGGAAAGAGGUGGGCUGUCUGUCAUAGAGGUUACUAUCAUCAGUUCGUGAUAAUUAGCGGAUUUUGAUGACUUGAUAAUGGCAGAGGUGUUAUCAGGCACAUGAUAUGUUAUAGGCUUUUGCUAUUCGGCAAACACUGGCGGCCGGACAAGGUCGAAAAACGGAAAAAUAGAGCACGCAUCUAAUUUACACCAUGGCUACUGAGUUGACCAUUUCAGAAUCAGCAGUCCCGUUGAGUGAGCCCCAUCAGGUUGAAGACGAAGAACACUGGCUGUAUGGGGGGGAAAACACCAAUAAACAAAAUGCCCCCGAGGGUUUGCCUGGGCCUGGUGACUCCCUUCAGCUGACUUCAAUGGGCAAUACCGAAGAGAAGGAUGCUGCAUCACAGGAAGCCAAAGGUACUGAAGGUGAAGAGGAGGAGGACAGUGACAGUGAUGACGAUGAUGAUGUCAAGGUCACCAUUGGUAACAUCAAAACUGGUGCACCUUCCUACAUGGGAACGGGCAUGAACCUGAGCUUGAAACCAGCUCGUGGCUAUGCCUCAGCAGCCAUUAAGCUGCAGUCCAAAGGGAUAGAUAUAGAGACACUAGGGGCCUUCAAUGGUGCACCAGUUGUGGAGGUGGAAAUGGACAUCUUUGAGGACAAACCAUGGAGAAAGCCAGGUGCCGACCUCUCAGACUACUUCAACUAUGGUUUUAAUGAGGAAACGUGGAAGGGAUACUGUGAGAGACAGCGCAGACUACAGCUUGGCCUGGAGCCCAGUGCUCCUCUCAGUUUUGAAAACAAGAUAACAGUUCAGCAGGGAAGGGCAACCACUUUAGAAAAGGAUACAGAACCGUCUUCCAUCAAGCCUGAUUACAAGCCAGACUUUCUCCCUGCUUCAGUCCUGGCCCUCGCCGCCAACAGACUGAAGGCAGGACCCCCACCUAACAGGAAAUUGGGUGGAACUAUUGAUGUGAUUGGUGGACAGACAGGAGCCAUUCGCCGGGUUGAAGGCCGAAGGAGGGAAAUGCAGGAACAGAAUCCGAUCCAGGUGCUCGGAGACCAUGGUAACAAGGUACAACCCUUGGUUCCACCAUCAGGACCUCCCCCUCCUCUUCCUCUUCCAAUGGGUAUGCCCCCACCACACUUCCUGCAUCCUCCUCCACCAGUAUCUGGUAUGCCCCCACCUCUUCACCCCCCAGGUAUACCCCCACCUUCCAUUACAGGCCUGUUCCCACCUCCCCUUGCUCCUCCCCCUACCUUGAUGAUGCCACCUGUGGAUAGCAGUAGAGCCCCUCUUCCUUUUGGAUACAAUAGUGGAGAGUCAAGCUUCAUUAGCUACCCUCCAGUCUCAUCAUCACACAUGCCUUGGGGCUCUGUGCUGGAGAAGGGGGGGGAAGACAGAGGACGAGGGCAUUGGGAGUACCAAGGAAGUCAUAGAGAAAGAGACAGAGAGAGGGAUCAAGAGAGAGAUCAUACUCCAACCACCAGCGAAUAUAAUGAGGAUGACCGUUACCACUACUACAGCCAUGAUCGAGAGAGUGAGCGAGAAUUUGAGCACAGUUACCUUCAUGUUCACGACAGCAGCGGUGGACGUAGCAGGGAGAGGGAGGAGCAUCAGCGAGACAGACGCCAUCGUGACAAGGAGGAGAGUGGUAAACACAAGUCUUCCAAACGCAAGCAGCAUGAUGAUGAGGGGGAGGGGCAUCGCAGACACAAGCACAAGAAAAGCAAACGCAGCAAAGAGGACAAGGAUGUCCCAGAGGAUAUGGUGGGGCGUGGGGAAGAGCACAAGGACUGAAAAAAGCAGAACAUUGCGGCUCCAUGGCGAGUUCUUAAUCUUUGUAAAAAGAAAAUGACCAUGGCUAGACAAUUUUGAUUUCUUGUAAGGAAAAAUUGAAUAUGAAAUGUCCAUUUUAAGUGAAGUGAUUGGAAUCAAAAGAAAGAGAUUCCAAUCUAAUGGCUUCUUAAGUUGUUUCAAUGGUGUGUAGCCUAAAAUACAAAUGUUAUCAUACUAGAAUGAUGAUUUUUACUCAUGCAUUGAUCAUGGACAUUCUCAACUGCAUCAUUACAUUGUCCAGAUUCAUAAUUGUCACUGUUAGGACAGGCCCCAUCUUGCUUUGUCAUAUUGUAAAUAUAUAGAAUGUAAUUUCUUUGCCAGAAGCCAUUUCAAACACUGUGUUGAUACCACUUUUUCUAUAAACAAUAUUAGUUGAUACAGAUAUGUCAUCAUGUAGAUUAGAUUCAAACUAUAAAAAUGUGUCCUAUCUUCUGACAUUCUGGCACAGAGUAGCAAGGUAUAAUAUAAUGUAAUACUGUAUACUGUUGCCUCUCUUUACAUUAAACUAAAUCCUGACCUGGG